GCGUGAGUGAGUGAGUGUGUAGAAAUAUAUUGCCCGGUAGCUAUAAACGGAUUUUUUUUCCUUCCUCUUUUUAAGAUAAUGUUUUCAGCCGGGAGGUAACGGGCAGUAUUAGAACCGGUCAGCGAGCGCGCGUACGAGUAUUCAUGUUCCAAAAACAUUCAGACCGCCAGACGAAACCAACCCAUCUCAGGCUAUCUGGGCCAUUCAUCUCUCCUCGGUAGAAAUGGCGGCCGCAAACGGAGGGAAAAAGUUCUUGCAGCAAGUUAUGAAGAUUGUGUCAGAAGGAGGAGGUUUCGACAAGAAUUUAUCAAAACUGCGUGUUGUGGCAGGUGGCAAUGGUAAAUGUGUUGCAGAAAUGACUGUUGAGAAAGAACAUGAAAAUCGUGGAGGCACUCUGCAUGGAGGACUCACAGCUACACUAGUUGAUGUUGUUUCAACAAUGGCUCUAAUGACAACAGAAAAAGCUGUCCCUGGGGUCUCAGUAGAUAUAAAUGUUUCAUACAUGAAAGCAGCAACAACGGGACAAGAAAUUAUCAUCAAUGCAGAGACUCUCAGAGUUGGAAGAAAUUUGGCAUUCUUAUCUGUAGAUAUAACUAACAAGGAGUCAGGUGCUCUCAUUGCCAAGGGGAGCCACACAAAAUACAUUGGAUAAAUACCAACUCUUUUAUGUACAAGAUGACCAGAAAUCUUUUGCCAUAGUAUAUAGUAUACUUUGUUAACAAAAAUAAUUUAUGUAAUGAUAUUAAGGGAGGGUGAGUUAUUAAUGAAGAUGCCUUAUGAAAAUGAUAUAGGUAAUGUCAUACCAUGCAAUAUUAAAUAUUGAAUUUUAGUAUAUAGCAUAAUAAGUGUUUUGUAUAAUUUAUUACUAGUUUUCAUAUUGUAUAUAUAUUAUAUUACACUUUUCUUACCUCAUACAAAUGUAAGGUGUAAAUAAAAAAUCUAACUUGAA